AUGGGUUGGAUGUGCUCCAUUUGGGUGGUAUUUGCCUUUCUGGCUCUCAACACAAAGAAAACAGCUGCAUAUGAAGGAAGAAGGCUAUCUGCAUCUGGCUACCAUUUGUGUAUUUUCAACGAGACGCACAGCGUGAGUUCCCUGGUGUUGCGAAGGGUUCCAUAUACCGUGACCAAACCUUGCAGUGGCUGGCUCUUUUGGACAGCAUGUCCAGUGACACUUUUCAAAAUAGUUCAUCAGACUGAGUACAGGAUGAUGAUGGUGCAGGUGACCAGAUGUUGCCAUGGUUACAUACAAAUUGGAAGUUAUUGUGCUCUCUCUUUAAAUCGGAGUGAGGAGUUGAUGACCAAACCUGGAUCCUGCCCAAGCACAGAUGGAUCUUAUUCUAGGCUCAAUGACUGUGACUGGGAUGUAGAUUGCCCAAACUGGCAAAAGUGCUGCGAGAGAUCAGGUUACUUUCGCUGCAAGAACCCUGCAAGAUCAGCAAAUUAUACUGAGAAUGGGCAAUACCGUUUCAAUGCGACAGUGACAGUGAAGACAGAUUACCAGCAACUGAUGAACAAUGAAGCCCUUCUUAACCACACAAGAUUACUUCAAGCAAUGGUAACUGGAGCACUGCAGUCUGUCAAUCUUUCAGUCUAUUACCUCGCUUCAUGGCCUGUGUAUCCGUACAGAACUGCGACCUCGCUGCUCAUAGGCUGCAGCUUUGUUUGCUCACUGCACGACGUCACAUCAAAACUGCAUUUCCUCCUUAAACACAUACAAGAGGUGUCAGCUGUGACCGUGGAAGAUGUAAAUGAGUGUGCACAUCCUGCUCUCCAUCGUUGCUCUCCAAAGGCACAAUGUAGCGACACAGUGGGCUCUUACCAGUGCACCUGCGAUGAAGGGUAUCUUGAUGUUGACCUGAGAAAUCCCGGAACUAAUUGUGCAGUCUCCCCUGGCAUCAGCCGAUUGCAGGCAGCCAAUAUCACUGGCUCUUCUUUUUGUGUGUACUGGUCCACCCUAAUCUCAUCAAACCAGACCUACAUGGUGGUUCUUAGUGAGGGCUCAGAGAUUAUUAGUAUGUGGACAACUGAGGAGACCAUGAUGGAACUAAGGGAACUGCAGCCCGGAGUGCUCUACAAUGUCACUGUUCAGCUCCACACAAACAAAAGCCAUGAAGAUAUUCUUUAUAUUGCUGUCAAAACUGCUGCUCGAGCUCUUGUUGCAACCACUCGACUGACCAACAUCCCAUUCACCGAUGACCUGCACAAUACAAGCAGCCAGGCCUACAAAAUUCUCACUGUGGGCAUUUUAGAUGAGAUCUUCCGCUCUUUGACCCAAGAGAUGCGGGCUUUGGUGAAUUCUGGUCAGGUGAGAAUCGAGAUCAGGAACCUUUCCCCAGGCAGUGUGGUCGUCAACUUCACUGUGAUCUUCAGCCCCAGUCAAGAGCAGGACAUCAAAAAUACAUCCAUAGCACUACUCUACUCAUUGAUGAACAGCUCUAUAUACACCAUGGAUGAAAACAGCACAAGCAUCAGUGAUUUUGACGAAUGUGUUCCAGGAGAAAAUGACUGUUCGCAGUGGGCUACAUGUACAAACACCUGGGGCUCCUACACGUGUUCUUGUCUCGAUGGAUUCAUGGACACAGACCCACAAAGGCCUGGUAGAGCUUGUCAAGCUCCGAUGGAGACCACAACAUUACCGUCAACAUUUUCCUCAGGCAACACUUCCCCUUUAUUUCAAAUAACAUCAUCUAGCUAUCCAGCUCCAAAUACGAUCAGGAAUACUCUAGAGAAAAUUACUGGAAUCACCCCUGAUGAAAUAGAUGCCACUAAACUAACAAUCCACACAAUCGCAGCAACAACCCCCACUAGAGUACCUACUACUGCCGCCACUGUUCCAACAAGCACAUUUGAACUAACAGCCAGCACCACUGCAACAACCACUCAUGUAAUUCCAACCCUGACUCCAUCCACAACUGUUUGGACUGACCACACGACUCCCGAUGCAGACCUGAUUUCCAAUGUCACAUCCCAUAGAAUGUAUUCUAUUGUCGGCGAUAUUUCAGUUGACUGUGCAGUUACUGGAAUGACAGUGACAGUUACUAGAGAGUUUCUAUAUAAUAAUAACAUCCGAGCGGACACGCUCUACCUGGGUCGUCGUGAAUGCGGGGUCAGCGGCUUCAAUGCCAGCCAUGCUCAGCUGGUCGUGGAGUGGAAUGAGUGCAUCACAAUUUUUGCACAAAAUGAUUCAUACUACAUGGCAUCUGUCACACUGUUCAACACCAUGGAAACUUACAUGUCACCCAACGGAACGCUGGAGGCACCCAAAUUGCGCCUGGAAGUUCCCAUUAUAUGCAUCUAUAUGAGGAGCAUGCUCAUGUCUGCUGACUUUGGCUCCAUGGGGUAUGAAUUGAUCCAAGAUGUGAUCUCAGGCUCCGGGAUGUUCCAGGUGACCGUGCAGCUGCUGAACGGCACUUAUCCUCUACCUUCCAACUCCAGCUUGUCCCCAGAGGAGGCUGUGGUGGUGGAAGUGAGCAUGAAUACCUCUGCCGAAGAGAUCAAAGUAGUGAUCUACUCAUGCUGGGCCACCCCCUCCCAAAAUCCGCUAGACAGCAAACGCUUUGUCUUCCUGGACCGCAGAUGUGCCCUCAACAUGUACACUGAUGUGCUGAUGAAUGGAAACUCCAGCACAUCGCGUAUCUCUGUGCAGAUAUUUUCUUUUGUCGAUGUCAAUUUGAUAUAUCUGCACUGCCAUGUUCAAAUCUGCAUGAAGAUUGGAUCUGACUCCUGUGUGCCUGACUGCGUGCAAAGAACAACUUGGUCUACCAACACCAUUGGAAGAGCGUUCGGUUCUACUGGGCCUUUGCUUAAAUCUGAGGAAGGAUCCUCAGAGAGUGCAGACAACAGACUCCAACUGAUUGGACUGAGCUUCCUCGGCGUUGCCCUGGUUCUCUUUUUCGUCAUCGGCUUUGCAUGUCUGUUCUACUAUCAAAGGAAUCGCAUUGGACAUUACAACUUCACUGCCAAAUCCAACCCUCUGAACAUCACUGAUAUUGAAUUCAUUGCUUAGGUCACAAAGUGACCUGUUUUGUCAAUUACCGUAAUUCCCGGCCUACAGAGCGCACCUGGUUAUAAGCCUCACCCAGUACAUUUGUAAAGGAAAUACCAUUUGGUACAUACAUACGCCGCAGCUGUGUAAAAGCUGCAAGUGCCCACAUUGAAACCAACAUUGAAACACGAGAUAUUUACAAAGAAAGACGGGACACAGAGUUUCACGCUAGCGCUAUGCUAGUGCUAGCGCUAAAGCUAGCACUAACACUAACAGGGUCAGUUCAAAUAAAAUGUACCGGUAAAUAUCAGAGACACGCCAGUAACAGAGCAGCAACACGCUAGCACAGCGCUAACACAGUGCUAACAGGGCCAGUUAAAGUCACUUCCCCGACAGAUAUAUUCCACCGGUCUCAUUCUUAUCUUUUCCGCUCAAGUGCCCCCUUGCGGCCGUUAGAAAAAAUGCACAAAUUAGCCGCAUCCCCGCAUAAACCGCAGGGUUGAAAGGGUGUGAAAAAAGUCAGGGCUUGUAGGCCGGAAAUUACGAUAUUAGUUUCCCCGUUAACUUAAGUUCAUCGUUUAAUUUGCAACUUACAUUCACAUGGCGAAAAACUGUACAUAUGAAACACUGUCAUGGUAGAGUAGCUAAAUUAAGGGAUAUCAAACAAAGAACAAUACAGAUUGGAUUCAAAUUUCAAGGUCCCGUUCCAUCAGAAUCCAUUUUUUUUCCCCCUUCUGUCGUAUG